UAAACACCAACCACUGCCGUGAGAGUUCAACUUCACACUCAUUCAUUAACAGAGACAGUAGGAUUUUGGAAGACAGCCGAAGAAAAUGGCAGCUGGAAAAGCACAUAUUGGCAAGCCUGCUCCAGACUUCACAGCCAAAGCUGUGAUGCCAGAUGGACAGUUUAAAGAUCUCAGUUUGUCUGACUACAAAGGAAAGUAUGUUGUAUUAUUCUUCUAUCCAUUGGAUUUCACCUUUGUUUGCCCCACUGAGAUCAUCGCCUUCAGUGAUGCGGCCGAGGAGUUUGGGAAAAUCAACUGUGAGGUCAUUGGUGCCUCUGUUGAUUCCCACUUCUGUCAUCUUGCCUGGAUAAACACACCUCGGAAACAAGGUGGUUUAGGACAUAUGAAGGUCCCUCUGGUGGCAGAUUCCCUCCACUCCAUAUCUCAAGACUAUGGUGUACUGAAGGAAGAUGAGGGUAUUGCAUACAGAGGUCUUUUCAUCAUUGAUGACAAAGGCAUCCUGAGGCAGAUAACCAUCAAUGACCUGCCAGUGGGCCGCUCUAUUGAUGAAACCCUGCGCUUGGUGCAGGCCUUUCAGUUUACUGAUAAACAUGGAGAAGUUUGCCCAGCCGGAUGGAAGCCCGGAAAAGACACAAUCAAGCCCGACGUCCAGCAGAGCAAAGACUACUUCUCCAAACAACAAUAAAAAACACACUAGACUGUGCAGCAUUGUGUAAGAAUGGUAAUAAUAUUUAUAGUGAUAUUGUGUGAAGUUAUAGGACCAAAGUGUUUCAUACUCAAAACUACCUGAAAUAUACUGUAACAUUCGAGCUAGUAUGUAUAAUGUGUCUUCCCGUCCUUUCUGUUGUGAAAAGAGAUUGUAUUGUCAACAAAUUGUUGCAUUUCAAACAAUAAACCAUUUUUAACUAUAAA